AUGUUCCCACAAAGAAUGCCAUGUGGAAGCAGUACCUGCAGCAGUAGCAGCGGUAACAGUUCAUUAAGUUCAAUGUACCAAGAUUCGCCGAUGAUAGAACUCUUCGAGCUAGAAAUGAAUGAUUUGGAAGAUACGAAAUGGGAUUUGAGAUGUGCGAAGUGUAAAGAAUGCAACGAACUCGUUCCACACAGACUUCUUUUCAUUUGUCAAUAUCAUAGGUGCGAUGGGUUCUAUGAGCCAAAAAAGGAUCACGAAGUACCGGCUGAAUUUUAUAAGAAUGAAAAUGUUUUCUGCUCCAAAUGUGCAUUCACUGGAAGCCACAAGCACCACAUUGAAGACAUCGAGGAAGCACAUCCGGUUGCGGUUGCUAUGGCGUUGAAGGGCGAAGACAAUCUAACAGUUUCAUUCACACAGUUGGCAUUUCUCAAUCAUGAGGAGCCUGUAGACUUCCUGAUUGCGAAUGAAAUAGAACUUACCGGAUUGCCAGUGCUUCCGAUUGAAGAAUGUCUUUUUGGAUCAUUGGAUUCGUACGACUUUCAAAUCAAAAAAACUAAUUUUGAUGUUCUCAAAAAAACUGUUGAGCAAUGUCGUGUUGAUGGAGCUAAAUAUGCAAAGGGCUGUGCCGAAAAAACCUUGGUAGCAUAUCAUGAGUUGGCCAAAGAUGUCGAGGAGAUCAUCAAAGAACAUGAGAUAUCGAAUAAUGGAGAGAAGAUACGAGAAAGGAAGGACAGUGGAACCACUGAAUCAACAAUUUCCUUCCAAUCUGAAAAUGAAGAAUCUCAAAUUUUGGAAAAUACUUCUAUUUCUCCAGCUGAAACAGUUGUUGAUAAACAACAGCAAGAGUCAUUUUUCAAUUUCUCAUCAACUAGUAAUGAAGUCGAUGAAACCACUGCUAAAAUGAUUUGCAGUAAUUUGAAUCUUCGUUAUGAUUUAAUUCGCGACGACAUGCUCAUAGAAGCUGCACUGCAAGAUGUAUCUGACAAACUGCAUGAAUUUAGUGGAAGUAUUGAAAACAAAUUGGCUGCUGCCAGAAUGUUCAAAGAAAAGAAUAAUGUCGCUCUUUAUUAUCCGUAA